CAGGUACUAUCUACGUUUCCACAUAUGAAGUAGCCAGACAAGCAUGUACAGUCUUUCCAGCACUAAGUCCUAUUCAUCGAUCUUUUGUUGGUGGUGCAGUGGCUUCAUGUGUUGCUAAUACUUUUUUCGUUCCUAUUGAUGUUAUUUCUCAACAUUUAAUGGUUUUGAAUCGUAAUCGUGUUCAUGCAAAUAUGGUCGACAAAAAUCCUAAUUUAUCGUUAAAUCCAAAUUCCUUUCGUCCAUUGACCCCAGUUCAGUUAACACAAAAUGAAAUGAAUUCCAAUUGGGGUCGUCUUUGUGGUGUGAUUCGUUAUAUCAAACAAACUCACGGGUUAAAAGGUUUCUAUAAAGGUUGUUUAAUAUCUCUGUGCACCUUUGUGCCUAGUUCAGCAUUGUGGUGGUCCUUUUAUGAUAAAUUUUGUGGUCUAAUUUAUUUUAUUUCAAAGAAAAUGUGGAAGGAACCUGUUCAAGACUCGGUAUUGUUAGCACCAAACGAUGCUCCAUUUCCAAGAUUAUUAAUCCAAUUGAUUUCAGCUCCUCUAGCUGGCAUUUCAUCUGCUAUCAUUGUUAAUCCUAUUGAUGUUGUUCGUGUACGAAUGCAGUCGACUAACAAUGUCUACUCAAAUGAAGGAUAAGUUUACUUGAAUUGGCCUCCUCAAUGUUCAUUCAUAAAUUCAGCUGUUCCUGUGCUGAUUGGGCAUAUUGAGCGUAUUACCAUGCAAGUGAACUAACGAAUGAAUAAACAUCUCGCAGUAUGGUUUGGAAAGGGCCAGACGCAAACAAUACACAGCUCUGUCUUAAAACGGCUGAUUGACAGUGAUCAUAUUAAAGAUCAAACCAAAUCAUUUUGUGCAAUCUAACGUAGGACCUCAUCAUUUCCCAACGGGUUUUGAUCCCAUCUCCUAUAUUCAGUAGAAUUUAUAUCAGAAUUGAAACCAUCCACUCCAUUUUUGUGUUCAGAAGAAAUUCGU